AUGUUGGAAGGCCAGUCGAGAAUCGUGAUAAGCGGUGCCGGGCAAGGCAUCGGAAGAGCCAUGGCCCGUCACUUCGCAUCUCGUGGCCAUAAGAUCUUCAUUCUCGACCUCAACGAAGACAAUAUCCGACAUACUGCUGAGGAGCACUUGAAAGAACAUUCGGACCGUGUCGCUUGGUCUAAGUGCGACCUCCGUAGCGUCGAAGACAUCCGUUCCACUGUCCAGAAAGCCGCCAAGUUUCUCGACAACCGCAUCGACUUCUUGAUCAAUAAUGCCGGCAUCUCGUACCCUUACUGGCCAGAUGGGAAGACCAUGGCCGAUGAGUCUGUCCUGGACAAGUGGCAGGCAUACGUCGAGACCAAUCUCACAGGACCAUUCGUCAUGUCCCAAGCAUGUCUUCCUUUCAUGAAAGUCGAACGGCAAGAAGAUAAGAAAAAACUCCCCGGGUCCAACGUCGGCAGUGCAGGGCCGUGUAUCAUCCACGUCAGUAGUUUUCGAGCCAUGAUCUCGGAUCCCAAUCAGGAAGGCUAUGCAUCGACGAAAGCUGGAUUGCUCGGCCUCACUCAGAGUAUGGCGGUGUCCCUUCAGACAUUCGGCAUCCGCGUCAACAUGGUGUCGCCGGGGCGAAUCAAGGUCACCCAUGAGAACCCCGAAGCGGAUGAAGAGGGAGAGGACUGGACCGUGGAAGAAGACGACGUCAAAGUUCACCCAACCAAUAGACCCGGUUUGCCUGAAGACAUUACUGAGGCGUGUGAAUACCUGUUGGGCGCUGGUUUUGUCACGGGCCAGAAUUUGAUUGUCGAUGGUGGAGUGAGUAAGGUCAAGGGCAAGGCGUGA